AUGACAGACAUCUCCAACCCCCAUGCCCCGCUCGACGUGCCGCCGGCCGAGGCGACCCGCGCCUUUGCCCGGAUCGGACUGUUGUCGUUCGGCGGGCCGGCGGCGCAGAUCGCGGUGAUGCAUCGCAUCCUUGUCGAGGAAAAGGGCUGGCUGACCGAAAAGCAGUUCCUCCACGCGCUCAAUUUCUGCAUGCUGCUGCCCGGGCCCGAGGCGAUGCAGCUUGCCACCUAUGCGGGCUGGCUGAUGCAUGGCGUUCGCGGCGGUCUGAUCGCGGGUCUGUUGUUCAUCGCGCCGGGACUUGUGAUGAUGCUCGCCCUGUCUGCGGUGUUCGUCGUCGCCGGCGACGUCCCGGUGGUGGCCGGGCUUUUGUACGGGCUGAAGGCAGCGGUUCUCGCCGUCGUCGUCCAGGCACUGAUCAAGGUGUCGAGGCGGGCGCUCGGCUCGGCGGCGAUGAUCGUCAUCGCGAUUGCGGCGUUCGUCGGCAUCGCGCUGCUGCGGCUGCCGUUCCCGCUGAUCAUCGCGCUGGCCGCGCUGACCGGCGCGCUGCUGCACUUGGCUGCGCCGCAUCUGCUGCCUGCCGCAAAGGGCAGCGAUGAACCGCACGCAUCAAGCAUCACCGUGCGCGGACAGGACCAUGGCGCAGUGGCCCGCACCACCGUGCUGUGGCUGGCGAUAUGGCUGGUGCCGCUCGCUGCGCUGCUGGUGCUUCUCGGGCGGGGCGACGUGUUUGUCGAUGCGGCGCUGUUCUUCUCGCAGACCGCCAUCGUCACCUUUGGCGGGGCUUAUGCGGUGCUCGCCUAUGUCGGCCAGCAGGCGGUCGACCUCCAUGGCUGGCUGACGCCCGGCGAGAUGCUGGCGGGACUGGGCCUUGCCGAAACCACGCUCGGACCGCUGGUUCUGGUGCUGGUCUUUGUCGGCUUUGUCGGCGGCGCGUCGCUCGGAGGCAUGGAGCCGCUUGUCGGCGGAUUGCUGGGCGGGCUGGUCGCCGCCUUCUUCACCUUUGUGCCCUGCUUCUUGUGGAUCUUCGCCGGCGCGCCCUAUGUCGAGGCGCUGCGCAAUGUGCGCUGGCUGGCCGCGUCGCUCGCGGCGAUCACGGCGGCCGUCGUCGGCGUCAUCGCCAAUCUGGCGGUCUGGUUCGGCCUCAAUGUGCUGUUCGGCGCGUUCGAAAAUGUCCGCACGGGACCGUUCUUCGUGCCGGACAUCGACUGGGCCGGCUUCGACCGGGUGGCCGCGGCGAUCGGGAUCGCGGCGGCGGUCGCGCUGAUCCGCUUCAAGCUUGGCCUGUUUGCCGUCCUCGGCGCGGCGGCGGUGGCCGGCGUCUUGGCGACGAUGAUGGUCUGA